UGUGUGGAGCAAAUGAGUUUUAUGUAACAUGAGUGCUGUGGCUUUUUUGUUUGAUGGUGACAUCACACAAAAGGGAUAUGAAAAGAAGAGGUCAAAAUUAAUUGGAGCCUACCUUCCCCAGCCUCCGACAGCGAAUGGAGCUGCCGUGGUUCGGUGUAGACUGCAACCCAGUGAAGGUGCGACGAGGAGAACAUUCCGCUCUGCCCACAUCGGGGUAUGCGACAUCCGAGAAGCUGCGGCCCGGGAGCGGGCAGCCAGCGCCGCGGGGAACCGGCCUCUCUUUUACUUUCGUUUCGGGGUGGACCAAGCUUUGCCACAAGAACGCCGGACUCCUGUCACUCCUUCCUCUGCUUCUCGAUACCAUCGCCGACGGUCCUCAGGGUCACGAGAUGAGCGCUACCGGUCAGAUGUUCACACAGAGGCUGUUCAAGCAGCUCUUGCUAAACACAAAGAAAGGAAGAUGGCAGUGCCCAUGCCCUCCAAACGUAGAUCGCUGGUUGUACAGACCUCGAUGGAUGCCUACACACCUCCAGAUACUUCUUCUGGCUCAGAAGAUGAAGGCUCUGUGCAGGGCGAUUCACAGGGAACCCCCACCUCCAGCCAAGGCAGCAUCAAUAUGGAGCACUGGAUCAGCCAGGCCAUUCAUGGCUCCACCACGUCCACCACCUCCUCCUCUUCCACACAAAGCGGAGGCAGUGGGGCUGCCCACAGGCUGGCUGACGUCAUGGCCCAGACACACAUAGAAAACCAUUCUGCACCUCCUGAUGUAACCACAUACACCUCAGAGCACUCAAUACAAGUGGAAAGGCCACAGGGCUCGACAACGUCCCGGACAGCACCAAAGUAUGGCAAUGCCGAGCUCAUGGAAACGGGGGAUGGAGUACCGGUAAGUAGCCGAGUAUCAGCAAAAAUUCAGCAGCUUGUCAAUACCCUCAAACGACCUAAACGACCACCAUUACGAGAGUUCUUUGUUGAUGACUUUGAAGAAUUGUUAGAAGUUCAACAACCGGAUCCAAACCAACCAAAGCCAGAGGGAGCCCAAAUGCUGGCCAUGCGUGGGGAGCAGCUAGGCGUGGUAACGAACUGGCCACCAUCCUUGGAAGCUGCCCUUCAGCGCUGGGGGACCAUCUCCCCAAAGGCCCCCUGCCUGACCACUAUGGACACAAAUGGAAAGCCCCUGUACAUCCUUACCUACGGCAAACUGUGGACAAGAAGUAUGAAGGUUGCUUACAACAUCCUGCAUAAAUUAGGUACAAAGCAAGAACCUAUGGUGCGGCCUGGAGACAGGGUGGCACUUGUGUUCCCCAACAAUGACCCUGCUGCUUUUAUGGUUGCUUUCUACGGCUGCCUGCUAGCUGAGGUGGUCCCUGUACCCAUCGAAGUGCCACUCACGAGAAAGGAUGCGGGGAGUCAGCAGAUAGGUUUCUUGCUUGGCAGCUGUGGAGUUACUGUAGCCUUGACUAGUGAUGCUUGCCACAAAGGGCUGCCGAAAAGCCCAACAGGAGAGAUCCCGCAGUUCAAAGGUUGGCCAAAGCUUCUGUGGUUUGUUACGGAAUCUAAACACCUGUCUAAACCUCCUCGAGAUUGGUUCCCUCACAUCAAAGAUGCAAAUAAUGACACUGCUUACAUUGAGUACAAGACGUGUAAGGAUGGAAGCGUGCUGGGUGUGACUGUGACAAGGAUCGCACUGCUGACACACUGCCAAGCGCUCACACAGGCAUGCAGUUACACAGAAGCUGAAACCAUUGUGAAUGUGCUAGACUUCAAGAAGGAUGUUGGACUAUGGCACGGCAUCCUAACGAGUGUCAUGAACAUGAUGCAUGUGAUCAGUAUCCCUUACUCGCUGAUGAAGGUGAACCCCCUUUCCUGGAUCCAGAAAGUCUGCCAGUACAAAGCAAAGGUGGCUUGUGUGAAAUCAAGGGAUAUGCACUGGGCACUGGUAGCCCACAGAGAUCAAAGAGACGUCAAUCUCUCCUCUCUCCGAAUGUUAAUAGUGGCUGAUGGAGCAAAUCCCUGGUCUAUUUCUUCUUGUGAUGCGUUUCUCAAUGUCUUCCAGAGUAAAGGCCUUCGGCAGGAGGUCAUCUGUCCAUGUGCCAGCUCUCCAGAGGCCCUCACUGUGGCCAUCCGCAGGCCCACAGAUGACAGCAACCAGCCGCCAGGCCGGGGUGUGCUAUCCAUGCAUGGGCUAACCUAUGGCGUCAUCCGCGUGGACUCAGAGGAAAAGCUGUCAGUGCUCACAGUACAGGAUGUGGGCCUCGUCAUGCCAGGAGCCAUCAUGUGCUCAGUGAAGCCAGAUGGGAUACCUCAGUUGUGUAGAACAGAUGAAAUUGGAGAGCUGUGUGUGUGUGCAGUGGCAACAGGAACAUCGUACUAUGGCCUCUCUGGCAUGACCAAGAACACGUUUGAGGUGUUUCCCAUGACAAGCUCAGGUGCUCCGAUCAGCGAAUACCCAUUCAUAAGGACAGGCUUGCUGGGGUUUGUUGGCCCUGGGGGGCUUGUCUUUGUGGUGGGAAAGAUGGACGGACUGAUGGUGGUCAGUGGGCGCAGACACAAUGCUGAUGACAUCGUGGCAACAGCCUUGGCCGUGGAGCCCAUGAAAUUUGUCUACAGGGGAAGGAUAGCUGUGUUCUCUGUGACCGUCCUUCAUGAUGAGAGGAUAGUGAUUGUGGCGGAGCAGAGGCCGGACUCCACGGAGGAAGACAGCUUCCAGUGGAUGAGCAGGGUGCUCCAGGCCAUUGACAGCAUACAUCAAGUUGGAGUUUAUUGCUUGGCCUUGGUGCCAGCAAAUACCCUGCCCAAAACCCCGCUUGGUGGGAUCCACUUGUCGGAAACAAAGCAGCUUUUCCUGGAGGGCUCACUGCACCCCUGCAAUGUCCUGAUGUGCCCGCACACCUGUGUCACGAACUUGCCAAAGCCUCGGCAGAAGCAACCAGAAAUCGGCCCUGCCUCUGUGAUGGUGGGAAACCUGGUGUCUGGGAAGAGGAUUGCCCAAGCUAGUGGCAGAGACCUGGGUCAGAUAGAAGACAAUGACCAGGCCCGAAAGUUCCUCUUCCUGUCUGAGGUCUUGCAAUGGAGAGCACAGACUACCCCGGACCACGUGCUGUACACGCUGCUCAACUGCCGGGGCACAAUAGCGAACUCACUGACGUGUGUCCAGCUUCACAAGCGUGCUGAGAAGAUUGCGGUGAUGCUGAUGGAGAGGGGCCACCUGCAGGAUGGAGACCACGUAGCUUUGGUGUACCCACCAGGAAUAGACCUCAUUGCAGCAUUUUAUGGUUGCCUGUAUGCAGGCUGUGUGCCAAUAACCGUCCGACCUCCACACCCACAGAACAUUGCCACGACACUGCCAACUGUCAAGAUGAUUGUGGAGGUGAGUCGCUCUGCCUGUCUGAUGACAACACAGUUGAUCUGUAAGCUAUUGCGGUCCCGGGAGGCGGCAGCAGCUGUAGAUGUUAGGACGUGGCCCCUCAUACUGGACACAGAUGAUUUGCCAAAGAAGCGGCCUGCCCAGAUCUACAAACCCUCCAACCCAGACACGCUCGCCUAUCUUGACUUCAGUGUGUCCACUACUGGAAUGCUAGCUGGCGUAAAGAUGUCUCACGCAGCCACCAGUGCCUUUUGCCGAUCUAUUAAGCUGCAGUGUGAGCUUUACCCCUCUAGAGAAGUGGCCAUCUGUUUGGACCCUUACUGUGGACUUGGAUUUGUCCUCUGGUGCCUCUGCAGCGUGUACUCUGGGCACCAGUCCAUCUUGAUCCCACCCUCCGAGCUGGAGACCAACCCGGCCUUGUGGCUGCUUGCUGUGAGCCAGUACAAAGUCCGGGACACGUUCUGCUCUUACUCGGUGAUGGAGCUGUGUACAAAGGGUCUUGGCUCACAGACAGAAUCCCUCAAGGCACGAGGACUGGACUUGUCAAGAGUAAGGACCUGUGUGGUGGUAGCAGAAGAACGGCCUCGAAUUGCGCUCACGCAGUCCUUCUCCAAACUGUUCAAAGACCUGGGCCUCCACCCAAGGGCAGUCAGCACCUCCUUUGGCUGCAGAGUGAACCUGGCAAUUUGCUUGCAGGGAACCUCAGGACCCGACCCCACCACUGUCUACGUUGACAUGAGGGCCCUGAGACAUGACAGAGUCCGGCUGGUAGAAAGAGGAUCUCCACAUAGCCUGCCUCUGAUGGAGUCAGGAAAAAUACUUCCUGGGGUGCGGAUCAUCAUUGCUAAUCCUGAAACAAAAGGACCACUGGGGGACUCGCAUCUGGGAGAGAUCUGGGUUCACAGCGCCCACAACGCCAGUGGUUAUUUUACCAUUUAUGGCGAUGAGUCCCUGCAGUCAGAUCACUUCAACUCUCGAUUGAGUUUUGGAGACACGCAGACCGUCUGGGCACGGACAGGCUACCUGGGCUUCCUCAGGAGAACUGAGCUCACGGAUGCGAAUGGAGAGCGCCAUGAUGCCCUCUAUGUGGUCGGAGCGCUGGAUGAAGCCAUGGAGCUGCGGGGGAUGCGGUACCACCCCAUCGACAUCGAGACCUCAGUCAUCAGAGCCCAUAAAAGUGUCACAGAAUGCGCUGUGUUCACCUGGACAAAUCUGCUGGUGGUUGUGGUAGAGCUCGAUGGGUCAGAGCAAGAAGCCUUGGACCUGGUUCCACUGGUGACCAACGUGGUCCUGGAGGAACACUACCUGAUUGUAGGUGUCGUAGUUGUGGUGGACAUCGGGGUGAUUCCCAUAAACUCCCGUGGGGAGAAACAGCGGAUGCACCUCCGUGACGGGUUUUUGGCAGACCAGCUGGACCCCAUCUAUGUGGCCUACAACAUGUAGUCUCAUCUCUGGCUUCCAUGGACUUUUUUAGAGAUGUAAAGAUUUUUCUCAGUGUCCACUGAACCAUGCAGAUGUGAGGACCGCAGUCGCCAGCACGGAGCCGUUGUGGGGAGGAAGGGAGGAGGCCAUCCUGUGGCAGUCACCCUGGCGUGGGGAUGAAAUGUGACUUGGCCGCUGGAGUGCGCUCAGAAGGACUUGGCCCACUGCCUUCAGUUUGUUGGAAAAGCUCAUUUCAAAAACUUUUCUUUCUUCCUUUUUUUUUUUUUUUUUAAUUAUUGGAUAAAAAGUGCUCUCUUCGUAAAUGUGGUAUUUUGUUAAGCCGAAAUAGCAAUUAAAAAAUAUUCUGCCCUCCAGAUGGGUUCUUUUAAACAAUUUAUGUAGUGUGACAAAGAAUUGUUUUCUCUGUUUUAAUGUGUCAUAAAAUCUUAAUGACAUGGAUCUGUUACUAAUUUAAGCCAUUGCUAGAUCUCACCCUUCUGGAACAUUUAUUGAGGUACGAGAAAACCUUCCAGGUAGCACCGUCCCAUUAGAUUUUAGCAGCUUUCUUUGUCAGAAAUGUGCUGAAGAGAUAAGGCCGAUUUAUGGCCUUUGAAAUUAGCAUAGGAUGAGAAGAAAUUAUAAAUAAGGUGUAUUUCGGCAAUUAUCUUGCAAAUAUCUUUGUACUAAACUAAAAAGAUAAAAAUAAGUUAACUUCCUCAAUAUGUAAUUAUGUACAAAAUGUUUAAUUUAUUUUGAUCUCUUUAGAAGUAUAAAAGAGAAAAAACAUUCAAGAAUAUUAAAGUCUUGUAAUGUUUGCUAAUAUAAAAAGUGUUGUAUUAUCUUGCGUGGAUAGUAUCACAACAAAUAUAUAUAUAUGAAAUAUAAAUUCACUAAUGAAAAAAGGAGAUUUUAAAGUUUAAA